AUGUAAGCCCAUAACAGUCAAUCCGGCCCAAACAAUAAUUUAAUUAUGAAUGGCCCAACACAUUUAUGUGUAAGCCCAUAAUAAGCAACCCGAACCAAAAAAUAAUAUAAAUUUAAAUCACAUCGUAAAUAACAUAAAGCCAACUUGGAAUCAAGGCUUAAAGUUCAACCCGUCUUUCUCCUCUCUGAUUCCACCAACAGAUCGAUCAUGGCUUCUUCUGAAUCCAGAUCAGCCGCCAUCCUCUCCAUCGUCUUUUUCGUCCUUCUCCUGAGCGUUAAUACCAUACCAUCCUCCGCUACGAAGCGCCAUGUCAUCAAUUUCCGGCUGCCAGGUCUCUACCCGGAGGGCAUGGCAUGGGAUCCGUCCGGCGAGCACUUCGUAGUCGGUUCACUCCGCCGCCGCACUAUCCACUCCGUCUCCGAUGCCGGCGUCGUUCAAACCCUAAUAUCCGAUCCCGAUAUACCGGAGAACGCCACCAUCCUCGGCCUUGCCGUCGAUUCCGCUCACGGCCGUCUACUUGCCGUUGUCCACUCCGCACCGCCUCUCCCUCCCUUCAACGCCCUCGCCGCCUACGAUCUCCGUGCCCGCGGCGACAGCGGUCGUCGCAUCUUCCUCUCUAUCCUCCCUUCUCUCCCCGGCGAUGACGGAGGCAGCGGCCGCGAUGUCGCCAGCGACGUGACGGUGGACUUCAGAGGCAACGCCUACGUCACCAAUUCGGCCAAAAACUUCAUCUGGAAGGUCGAUCGAGAUGGCGUAGCCUCGAUCUUCUCCAAAUCUGCUUUAUUCACAUCGCAACCGCCAGCCCCCGAUCGCGACGCAGUGGUCACCGAUCGCGGCCUAAACGGAAUUGUUUACGUGAGCAAAGGGUAUCUCCUUGUGGUUCAGAGCAACACAGGGAAGAUGUUCAAGGUGAACGAAGACGACGGGACGGCGAGGGUGGUGAUUCUGAACGUAGAUCUGACGGCGGCGGACGGAAUCGCGCUGCGGCGAAGCGACGGCGUGGUGGUGGUGGUGUCGAAGAAGAAGCUGUGGUAUGUGAAGAGCCAGGACAGUUGGAGCGAAGGGGCGGUGUACGACGAGAGUGCACUAGACGGAGAAGGGAUGGCGACGUCGGUGGUGACGGCGGCGGAGGGAAGGGUAUAUGUGUUAUAUGGGAGGGUGAACGAGGGUAAAACGGGGAAUUACGAGGAUGGGUCCGUGCGGAUAGAGGAGGUUUGGUCGGAGAAGGAGAGAGGGGAAGAGCAUGUUUGGCUGUACGUGUUGCUUGGACUUGGUCUGGCUUACUUCUGUUUCUGGAGGUUUCAGAUGAAGCGCCUCAUCACCAAUUUGGACAAAAAGACCCUUUAGCCCCCUCCCCCCUUUUGUUAUUUUUUUUAGGUUAUGAGUUCUCUGUUAAUUAUUCUACUUCACACACAAGUUUCAACCACUAGUGAUUUGAUUUUGAUUGGUGAUUAGUUUAGAAGGAAAAACCCUCUGUCAAGUUUCAAGGUCUAGUGCAGAAGAAUUUCAGUCUAUGUACCAAAAGAUACGAGCUUUUAGACAACCCUUACGGGGUUGCGGAGAUCAGCCAUAGAGGGAAAAAGUCACUGCAUCAUAUGGGUUGCUUCUUAUUAGUGUAAAAGGAAACCUUCUGUCCAGUUCCAAGUUCUAAUGCAGAAGAAUUUCUCGGCCUA